UGGCUGGCUGGGGGAAAGAGCCGGGGGCUGCCUGGCCUGUCUGCGGCGAUGCCCACUCCAGGGGCCGGAGGCUGGGAUGCUGGGGGCUCCUCCUUCCCUCGGCCUGCCCUGGGGCUGCCUCCUCCUCCUCUUCUUCCUCUGGCUGCUGCUGCUGCUGUCACCUGCCUCCUCCUUGCGCCGCCGCCACCGCUCGCCUCCGCCUCCCGCCCGGCUUCCCUGGCAGCAGCAGCAGCAGCAGCAGCAGCAGCAGGGCUCCGGCCUCCAGCAAGGCUGAAGAGGUAGCACCCUCUCAAUUGGUCACACUGGGACUUUGAUUAUUUUUACAUUACAUCAUUUCCUUCUGCAAGGUGAGGUCUUUCUACACAGGGCAACCAUGACUACUUCUGCCUUGCGCCGGCAGGUUAAAAACAUUGUGCAUAAUUAUUCUGAAGCAGAAAUCAAAGUGCGUGAGGCCACUUCCAAUGACCCAUGGGGACCACCCAGCUCCUUAAUGUCUGAGAUUGCAGACUUGACCUUCAACACGGUGGCAUUUGCAGAGGUUAUGGGCAUGAUCUGGAGGCGGCUGAACGACAGCGGCAAGAACUGGCGUCAUGUCUACAAGGCACUCACGCUUCUGGACUACCUCAUCAAAACUGGUUCAGAGAAAGUGGCUCAUCAGUGCCGGGAGAAUCUGUACACCAUCCAGACCUUAAAGGAAUUCCAGUACAUAGAUCGUGAUGGCAAAGACCAGGGCAUUAAUGUUCGUGAAAAGGUGAAACAGGUAAUGAGCUUGCUGAAGGAUGAGGACAGGCUGAAGCAGGAGAGAGCUUAUGCCUUAAAAACCAAAGAGCGGAUGUCUCUGGAGGGCAUGGGCAUAAGCAGCAGCAACAGCCAGCAGCUUUCCUACGGACGUCGGGCAUCACAGUAUGGCGACGAUUAUGGCAGAUCAAGAGGUUCUCCAUCCUCCUUCAACUCCUCUUCCUCAUCACCUCGGUUCAGUUCUGACCUGGAGCAAGCAAGACCACAGACUACCGGAGAAGAGGAGCUUCAGCUCCAGCUCGCCCUGGCCAUGAGCCGAGAAGAAGCAGAAAAGCCAUAUCCUCCCGUCUCCAGCACAGAUGAAGAGUUGCAAUUACAGAUAGCACUUACCUUGAGCAAACAGGAGCAUGAGCAGGAAGUGAGGGCCUGGCAAGGAGAAAAUUCUCUGUUGCAGAGGGCACUGGAAGAGAGUCACUUGGGUGCAGAAGAAGAAGAGGAGGAGGAUAAGACAAAGAAAAGUCAGUCUUCUGUGUUAGAGCUGGUAGACAUUUUUGCACCAGCGCCAGUCACUUCUACCCACACAUCUGCUGAUCCAUGGGAUAUUCCAGGUGGGAGCAACCCUCGAUCUCUUGAGGUUUGGAAUCAUGAAACAGCCUUCUCUCCUCCAGCUCUGUCUUUGUCCAGUUCUUGGGAGCAUAACAACACCAAAUCCACCAUGGAAUCUGCAGGAACAUCUUGGGGACCCACUGCAGAUCCUUGGGUUCCUGUACCUUUAGGGGAUCCUUUGAGCCAAGCAGCAUCUUCUACCAAUCAUGCCUCUCCAGGGCCUUGGAAUCCUCCCCAUGACACUUCCUCCUCUGCCUCCUCCUCGGACCCCUGGGGAAUGAAAUCUCAGCCUUCAAGUGUGUCUUCCUCAGACCCCUGGGGGAAGUCUUCACCACCUACUCUGACCUCUGCAGCCACAACUUCUGCGGCUGAUCCUUGGAGAGGCUCUCUUGACACAGCUGACAGUGCUUCAUUUGAUUUGUUUGCAAAACUACCAGAACAGACAGAUCAACCAGAACGUGACAGUUCCCAAGCACUGUCCUCUGUGAAAUCGAGCAGCCCUGUAGAUGUGAGCCUAUUUGGUGACCUCAUUCCAAGUACCAUGGAAAAUGGUGUGAAGAAUAAGGACAUUUUUGACAUCUCAGGUUUAGGUGAAUCUCUUCCUGAUUCAAAAAAGGAGAAGAAAGACAACAAAACUCCGGAGACUUUCCUCGGCCCAAAUGCAUCUUCCUUGGUUAAUUUGGACUCUUUGGUCACAGCACCACAGAGCCUGAAGUCUCGCAACCCAUUUCUAGCAGGUCUCAGCACGCCUUCUCCCACCAACCCAUUCAAUGUUGUCGAUCAGCCCAAACCAACACUUAACCAGAUGAGGACCAGCUCCCCAGUGCCCAGUGUUGCCAUGGGAAUGAACAUGAACUCCAUGACCUACAGCGCUUCUCUCCCUCUUCCCCUCAGCAGCAUUCCGUCAGCAAUGACCCUUCCAGCCUCCAUGAGUGCCUUUCCUCAAGCUGGGGCAGGGCCUUUCCCAGAGCUACCCAGCAACUUGCCUCAGCCGCUCCUUCCGCUAUCUGGCUCAGUUCCACCACCACUCCCUUCCCAAGGCAGUAUGAACCCUUUCCUCUGAGAAGACUGCACUAGUACCAUGAGAACUCAUUGUUCCCCCCCCCCUGCUGUUCUGGAGAACCUCCCACUCAAAGGCUUUGUGGGAAAGUAAGUUUUGAUGGGAGGAAACAUCUCCCUGGAAGCUCUUCUAAUUUCCACCCAGGCCAAAGAGACUCUGUUAGCAUGACUCUCCUUCCUUGGUGGACUACAGAAGGAUCAUAUUGAACAUUGUCUAGAGUUUGCCUCAGAUGGAAAUUGAGAAAUUCAUGACAUUAGCUGGCCUUUAUUUUGAUGAGUACAAAAAGGUUAGGAGGUCCCUUAGGAGGAAAGGCUUCCAUUUUUCCAAAGUCUCUGUUCUCCAGUACUUUUAUGUUGGAUGGACAGCGACUAAGAGUGCUUCCAGACCAACAGCUACUAGCUCUACAAUAAGACAUUGUGCACCUAUUCCAUUUUGCUCUCUUUAACAGAUUUAUUUUUGAGUGUGUGGUAAGACAAUGAUGGCAAAAGUGGUGGGAAAAUACAGGAGGGUUACAAAUAAGAAAAAUCAUCUGGACCCUCCCCCCAUAUUCGAGGCAGGACAAUUGCACAAGAAAAGCCUUGUCCCUUCUGUGGGAAGUAAAAUUGUUUUGUAAUCUGCAUGGAAAACUCACAAAUGUUUGCCAAGGCUUGCAGCUAGUUUGCCUGCAUGAUAGGGCCACAGGCUCAUUUUGGGAAAUAAAGACUGCUCAGCACGCAUAGCAUCGCUAGGUGCAAGAGGAGAAAAUUCAGUUUUCACCCCCAUCCCCCGUUCUCUUUACUAGAUUGCUUGAUGAAGAGAUGCCACUUCCUUGGCUGCUAUUAUCACUGGGUCCUCAUUAUGAAAAAAAAAAACUGUAUAAAAGCGUGUGUGUGUGAUCAAAAACUUUGAUCUGCGUGUGCAGAUCAAAAACUCAACUUUCAUGUCCUUGAAAAAUAAGUAGGACAAAUUGCGGAAGCAUUUUCUUUGGCCUUCUGUUAGUCUGCUUGCACAGUUUGGAGCGAGAUCGACAGCUUUUGAGAUUUAGCAUUAGGGAGCAGAAUGGGAACUGAAAAAAUUGUAGAGGAGGAUUAAAAAGACUGGGCAAUCUAACCAAAUUCAUGUACCAUUUAGGGUUGAUGGUAAGGCCUGCAAAUCAUGGAAAGGGAGUGAAGCUGGCCUCCUGGCCUCCAGCCACCUGAUCACUGGAAGUGUCUGACCAACUUCCUCUGGCUGCUGAUUUUUCAUUGGAAAAAAAUAAAAUAAAACCCACAUAUAUACUGAAUAAAAUAAGGCAAGUUAAGCACCUGCCCUCAAACUGAGAUGCUCAGAAUUCUGAAGAAGCUGUCACAUUUUCCAGUGGGAGCUCAUGGUCCCCGCUGUCACUCAAUUUCUGCACAGAUCUCAUCCUCUUGAAAUUGGACAUCUGUGUCUUUUGCGGUUUCUUCCUGCUUUAUCCAAAUUAUUAUUAUUAUUAUUAUUAUUAUUAUUAUUAUUAUUAUUAUUAUUUUGUUAUUUAUCUGGGAGAAUCAAUUUUCUCCCUUCUUGCCACCUUGGAUGGUCCCUGCUUUAUGUGGCUGAUCAUAGACUUUGUUGCUCUCCCCAGUGCCUACCUCUCAAGCCGUGGAGCUCUGUGGAACAAAAAGCUUUUGUAAUGGAGCUGCUGUAACAGGAAUGAACCCUGCACUCUCCGCAACACUUGAAUGAGCUUUGUGAUGCUCAGUAGAAAAUUCUGGACAGCUUUAAUGGAAACAAAUAAUGAAAGGCUUGAAUAGUUUGAAUAUGGGGUCAGGAACCCUUACCCAUGAGAAGCGUUACCAUUGGACUCAAUGGACUUGGUGCCUUUUUCUGGCACUGAGACACACUUAAAAACUAAAAAAAAGAUAUCAGCAGAUGUUUUAUCUUCCACUUUGAAUGAACCUCAGUCCCCCAUCCAGGGCAUCCCUGAAUAUUAAUACCUGUAGAUGACUUCAAAGAGAUCAACUAGAAAGACAGAGAAGAAAUGUGUGUGCAACUAAAGCUACUACCCCAAUUACCAGCUGUGUCUUAUAGUGAAGCUUCCAAUUGACAUGCCAACAGAAGUUGUCCCUGCAGGACAAGGUAGUUGUGGGACAUGGUUCCAGCUGGAAUAGACUAGAGGUGGGAUGGAAAGCGCAAUGCAGUACAUACAUACAGAGUGAUGUGGUUACAGUGCUUAGGGCUUUACUGUCUGUUUCACCACCACCACCACUACAGCAAUCACCAGACCACUACAGAAUAUUUAUUACUGAACAUGGGGUGGGUGGGGGAAACAAUCAAUAAAAUGUUCAAAUGUG